AUGGAUGAUGGACCUGACCCUCUCACCAAGGCGAAGUUGUACACAGCCAUGUCGGACGAGGAAUCGUGGGCGGAAAUGGGCGUCGGCAUUGUGUUUAUUGUAAUGCGCACCGUGGCCAACGAAGCAGAAGAUAGCUACGAAGGGGGAUGUGGCGAUAGGGCGGAGCAAACAGUUGGGUGUCUGGAAAUGGUUGAUAUUGGUAACCCGCGAGAGCUGUUAAUCAGUACGCCCAUUAGCCUCGAGGAUAUCUACGUUGUUCAGCAGGAAACCAUUCUCUUGUGGUCAGAUGUGGCGCUUGGUCGCCUUCUCUCUUGCAGCUUCAACACAAAAGAGGGAUGCGAUAAGAUCUAUUCGGAAAUAUUAGAUUACCAGCGCUCACGUCGGCCUCCAACCGAAGUCGGGGGGAUGAACAAUGGUGGUGACGACGGAGGAGGUCUUGUAGUCGCUGGGAGUGAGGCUGAGGGCUACAUUGAUGGGUGUGGAGGACCUCUGGCACUCUGCAGAAACUGGUUGGUAUGCCGUGAAAAUCUUCCAACUAUUAUUUCUGUGAUGCAGACGAACCCACAGCGCUUCGGACUAUUCGUUCGGAGUCAUGAGACGUACAUUAAGGAGUUGGUAGGCCUAUUUGAAUAUUGCAAAGACGACAACGACCAGCGGGGCAUGAACCUCAUAGGGACAAUCACAACUACACUCUUACAUCAACCGUUCUGUACAGACGGGAAAAUUAUCUCACAAUUUAUUGACAGGGAGGUUAUUGACAGGGUUCUCCAUGUUGUGCAGUUUGCUAUUGGAAGGUGUGAUAGUCAAUCGGGUUUCGUUGACAUUGCCCAACGGCGUGCGACAUUUCGUAAUCCGCUUAUGCUUCCAGAGAGCACUGUGUUGAAGAUUCACGAACUGCAUGCGUGUAGUUGCCUGAAAGACAUGCUUCCAGUCUCCCUUGAUGAGGCGGACGCCAGCCCUUCUUCUCUGCUCAACAAUUACAUAAUGACUAACAAGGGCCAGCUGGUGGACGACAUUUGUAGGUCGCGCCGCUUUCUACCGGAAGCUUUUGGGCGUGCUUAUGACGACGUUAAACUUGCCUUUGAAGUUGUCGCCUUUCUGCAUGACAUGUGCAGGACAGUGCGAAUGGCUGCAAUGCCUAUGGAAUACAAAUUUUCCAUAUUCGAGUCUAUAGUCACUUCCUCGCUCAUGCCCUUUCUUCGUUUCGUUGUUUCUGAGGCGGUGGCCUUGUACGGUACAACGACAUGGGAAGAAAGGCAGCAACAGAGACCAAUACCAGCUGACAUAUCACCAGGAAUGGCGCUGUCGAUGGUGUGUGAUAUCAUUAGCAACUGCCUCAUAUUCUACCCUCCAGGUCGUGCCGCGCUCAUCGAAGAAAGUCGCUCUGAGCCUGAAGGCUGCUUACUUGAGUUGUUGCUGCAAUGUGUUGUGGUAAGCUGUAAUAAUGCUGAGUUGCAGGCGGCGGUGGACGUUGUGGUUUCUUGCGUCACUUGUGCGUAUCCGCAAUCGGCGGUUAACGUGACGAUGAGCACAUCGUCCAAGUGCGACAUCAUACGAUUUUGGUUAGGGGGAGAAGAUGGGAAACGUCGGGCGCCGCUACUAUUGCUUACGGAUUGGCUCAUGGACGCCUUACACUCAAUAGACCAUGUGGCACGAGGUUCGCAACUGGAGGCACGCAUCCUUCACAUACUGCGAGUGUUGACAGCACUUGUUGGUGCCGUUGAUGGCCCCCUCAGCCGCUCACUUGCCACCGUGCUACAGCGGUGCGGUCUCCUGCAACGUCUGAAUGUCGCACUACAGUCUUCCGUCCGUUCGGCCGCCAACGUGCAGGCGUCUGUUGCGUCGUUUAUUGCUUCGCUGUUGCAGUGUGGCAAACAGUGGAUCGUUUCGUUGCUGUUGCUCGACGAUGGUGGAGCGCUGCUUGACGCAAUCAUGGUUCGCUAUUUAGCGUGCAGUCCUAGAAGUAACAGCGUUCUCAGUUCAUCGCUUGCCCACAUUAUUGAAUGCGUGUGCCGAGCAAUACGUUCUGAAAAGGGGGACAUGCUGCGCCACCCACCAUUUCACGGAGGGGUCAAUAAUCCUUUCGUGCAUUUGUUGGGAUCCGGCGAAGAUGGAAGUUUUCCCAUUACUAAUGUAAGUGAGGAGGUUUCUGACACUUACGCGAACAGCAAGAGUAUCUGUCAAGACACUGGAAACCGAUUGUGGCAAACAUACGGCAAGCGCAUGAGGCAGCGCUGCCCUGCUCUUGCAGCCCGUUUGGAGCACUCACUGCUGGAGACACCCGAAGAAGCCGCUUCUGUCGACGCCGAUACCUCAAGUGUGGCGAGUACGCUGGACCGUGGUCUUUGGGGUGGUAAGGACACCGAGUUUGAGUCGUUGAUGGCUGAGUUUGGUGUUGAUAUUCCGCAGAUGAGCCAACAGACGCCACCGGUGGUUUUUGGAGCGUUUGCCGACCAGUCUCCACCCGAGACUCAUAGCACAGCUACUGCACAGCAAAAUACGAGCAGAAAUGGGUUUCAGUCAAAUGACCGUUGUGAUCAAGAAAAUGAUAAUGAAGAAGGUGACCCAUCGAGUGAACCUCCCUCAAAACGGUCUCGAUCUGAGUCACCAUCUGCAACUGCCGUUGAAUGA